GCAGAAAACGCUACAUACCACCGAGAGAAGAAGAAUAACAAAGCAGCCGCAGAUUUUCAGGGCAGACACAGACCUUCUCCAGUCUGUGGCUUUACUUCUGCUUAAAUCUAAAAAAAUGUAACUGGAACAGAGGCCAUUUUGGGGGUCUGGUGGCUUGUAAGGGGGUAGCAGCUUGUCUCCCACAGCGUCGUUCAUGUUUUCAGAGUGUUGUUGUUUGUGAAUUGAGCAGCUAAGCUAGCUGUGAGGGUAUAGCUCCUGUUUUUACCUGUCAGACUGUCUGACCUGAAGAUUAUCUGUUUACCGUCACUGCUGACCUCGAACCUCACUCUCAACCUGCCCGGUGCUGAUAUUCAGGUGAGCAGCUCAGGCGUCGUUUUUGAUAUUUUCGUUGUAACAUCUGUUUUUCAUGUGCUGAUGCAGGAGGUCCUCACAUCAGACUCAGUGUUUGUAAUGAUACUCAGGGUUUACACUCAGAGAUACACACAUGGAUAACCUAAUACAACCCUAAUAAAACAACAGCUUUACCCGAAAUCUCUCACUGUGAAGCUAUGAGCUGUAGUUUUGGGUCGUAUUAGUUUGCCCUAAUGUGUACCUGAUGUUGUUGCAGGUGAAUAUAUACUGUCUGUGGACUGUGUUUCUGUUCUGACUAUCAAUAUCAAAAUACCUCAUGACAAUUUUAAAGGAGAUUUUAAAAUGCCUUAGUAUUGUGUUAAAGGGAUAUUCCGACGUAAAAUGAAUUAAGGGUCAAACACACUGUAACACCGAGUUUGACACCCCCUGAGAGAUGAAUGUUGCUGCGGGGUGACGCAGCUCAAGGAAGGACAUUUAUGAUCAUUACUUUAUCAUUCCCUUGAAGUAGUAAUCAUCAUAUUGAUCAUUUUGCACUGCAGACCUGGUAGUUCUUCUGCCUUAGCGUCUCGGUCUGAUUGCAUUUCCAUGAAGUAAUUAUCAUAAAUGUUUUUCCUUGAGCUGCGUCACCCCGCAGCAGUCCGUAAUGGACUGGCCUGAGGUUUUGCUACAAACAAGCAGCUGCUGGAAGAGAGUGGGUGAGUUGUGUUAAGUCUCUUUGCUAAAGAAAUCAGGCAAAGUUAAAAAGAUGUUUGAUGGCUAGUGCUAUGUAUUGUUGAUGAAGUUAGGAGCUGUUCUGAGCAUUAUUUGUGGCUACAGAGUGGCAUUUUGGUUGAGGUUUGUUGAUGGCUCCUCAGACCGCUGUGUAUUGCUAUCGUGCGGUCGUUACAAAAGUUGGUAUAACUAGAGAAGCAAGCAGUCUGCAACAUUCAUCUCUCGAGGGGGUGUUUAACUCGGGGUUGCGUGUGUUUGACCCUAACUUAAUUUUACGCUGGAAUAUCUCUUUAAGUUGAACUUGCAUAAGUCUCUCAUUGAAAGAAACAGCAUUGGAUUGUCGUGAUUAAAAUGAGGCUUUUAAAGACAGUAAUCAAAUGAAUAAGAAGCCAAGAAUUAUACUGCAACAAGUUUGAUAAUGUGUCAGUGCUUUUGGUCAUUUAUUAUAGUCCAAAAUAUUAAUGGCUGCUGGUUUUACCUCCGCUGAAGUGUAGGUAUUUAGGUUUUUUUUGUAAAUUAAAAAACAUUGGAGUCUCGAUUGUUAUCUAGCCCAAAAAAAUCAUCUGAAGACAUCACGUUCUGUUUGUGUCGUUUUAAUAGGCUUCAUUUUUUGUACUUCACAGCAUUUUUCAGACAAAGCAGUUGAUCUUCAUAUUAAUUAACCCAUGAAGUGAAGUGAUCGAACACUACAACACAAGCUUGUCUCAGUGGUUUUUAUGCUCCAUUAACAAAUUUGAGGAUAAAUCACAGCCCUGUUUAUUGCAGCUUUCCUAGUUCCUUUAAAAAAGUCACUUGAGGCAGAGAAUAUGUCCUGUAUAUUUGUGUGACAUGCCGCUGCUGUUCCAAAGAAGUACCCAAAAUGUAUCGAAAUUUUCAGAGCUUUAAUAACUCAGAAAACACUUCUACAACUGCCAAUGAUCGACACGCACACAUCAGAUAGAAUAUGUGUUCACUUUGCAUUGUGUAUCAUUGCAAAACAAAGAACAUAAAGUGCAUCAACAAAAUUUACGGCUACCUAGGCUCACCUCUCCACCCCAGUACAGGUAAGACCGCCCCUUAUAUGAGCUACUGGCUUUCAAACACAGUGCCUACGCGGCCCAAACCCGGCGAAACCAAUGGCAACCAGACAAAAGUAACUGAACACAGGAUAACCGAUAAGCAAAGCAACAUUAUGGCUCCUACACUGUUUUCUUUUUCUCUUUCACAGGCUUUGAGAUGGGAAGUUUGGGCAGCAGGUUCCAGUCCCCUUCUCAGGGUCCAGAGGAGGCUGCGGAGGGUGUAAGCACAAGCCGCAAGCACGGCUGUGAGUGUAAGAAGAGGAAACGGAACGCUCAGUGUGACUGUGAAAGUGAACAAGAGGACGAUGAUGCCAUACUCGAUACACCUCGCAGGCAAGUCCUCAAAGAAAGAAUCGAUGUCAAUUUUAAAUACCUGUAACUUAUGAUGUUUAAGACCUGUGUUUUUGUUUCUUCUGUUCUCUUUUUUCUUUGCUGAGCAGGAAGAAAUUAAAAAGCACAUCACGCUACAUUUAUCAGACGUUGUUCUUGAACGGGGAAAACAGCGACAUUCGCAUCUGUGCACUGGGACAAGAGUGGAACCUCCACAAAGUGUAUCUGUGCCAGGUAUUAGAUGAACACAAAAGGACCGCACUUUCUAUCUUGUUGUUACCCUUGCAUGUUAUUUACUCUUUUUUUUUUUUUUUCAUUUUGUAGUCAGGGUAUUUCUCCAGCAUGUUCAGCGGCUCUUGGAAGGAGUCCAAUAUGAUGGAAAUCAAUUUGGAGAUCCCUGACCAGAAUAUCGACACUGAAGGUGAGAAAACCUCAAUCACAAAUAUCAUCAGUGAUUAAAUGUUUGUGUUUAUAUUAACAGAACUUUACUGUCUUGUCUGCUUGUAGCUCUCCAAGUUGUGUUUGGAUCCCUGUACAGAGAUGAUGUUCUCAUCAAGCCCAGCAGAGUCGUCAGUAUUCUUGCUGCUGCUUGUAUGCUACAGCUGGUCAGUACACCGAAUCAAAUCUUAAAUGUCAAAGUGAUUAUCUGGACUUUUAUAUUUUCAGUCACAUGAAAGAAAACCUAAUCUGGUCUUGUGGUUUGUUGUCUUCUGCAGGAUGGUUUGAUCCAGCAAUGUGGAGAGACAAUGAAGGAAAACAUCAGUGCAAAGACCGUGUGUGGCUACUAUGCCUGUGCCAGUAUCUACGGCUUGGAUUCAGUCAUGAAAAAGUGAGAUUUGAAUCCAUUUCAGUAGGUUCAUAUCACAGCAGUUCAGUUGUGUGUUUUAUAUCUGUCCUUAAUGUUGUUCAUCGCGUUAUUUCUUUGUUUCUGCAGGUGCCUUGAGUGGCUUCUGAACAACCUAAUGACCCACCAAAAUGUUGACUUGAUGAAAGAACUUGGGUACUUCUUAUUAUUCAUGUUUUUUGAACUUCAAACUUGUUUUUUUUUUGAUACAGACUUUAUUCUAGCCUCUCUGGAAACAAAGGCACCAAAUUCAAUUUUACGUUUCAGAAAUGAUCUACAACCAUUCUCACAUUUGUGUCUGUACUGCGUUCAUAGGGCAGAAGUGAUGGAGCAGCUCAUCCAGUCCUCUGACCUGUUUGUCAUGCAGGUGGAGAUGGAUGUCUACACUGCUCUGAAAAAGGUAGACAAGGAAACCUACUGUUUCUAACCCUCUAAUACACACACGUAGCACAAGACUUGUUUUUUUUAACACUCUUUUACUACGUUCUGUCUCUGUAGUGGAUGUUCCUGCAGCUCAAUCCAGGAUGGGAUGGCCCGAUCAAGCAGCUUCUGGCUGACGCUGACGCCUGGCUCUGCAAACGCAGGACGGGUACAAAAAAGCCAAAUCUUCAGAAACUGUCAUCUUCGUGUGCUGUAUUUUGUUCUUAGAAGUCACAAACAAAUAUCUGACCCUGUUUUUCUCUGUAGACCUGUGCGAGAAAGAGCCUUUUCUGAACACAGAGGAAGGGGCAGCAUUUCGUUCAGUGUUCAAAUAUGUCCGUCUGCAGUAUAUCAUCAACGACCUGGCAUCUGCGCGCAUCCUGGAGAGAGACAAUAUUCUGCCCCCUGGUAUGAUGUGGUGCUGUCUCAAAUGAUUUGUUCAGGAAUGUGGAUUUCUUAAGACUUGGAAAAACUACAUCUUAAUCUUCUUCUCAUGUGAAAGUAGUUAAGUGAAUAAUUCAAUUUCAUUUAAGUUUCAAAAGACUUUAAUUGAAUAUUUUACCAGUUAUGGGAGAAAAACAAGCCAAGUUAUUGAAACCAAUGGUCUGUUUUCAUGCCUAACUCAAUAACUUCAUUUUAUUCCACAAACUCGCUAAUAUUUCACAUGAAUGUUGGACAAGAUGACAAGUUGAUUCAUUCAAGCUUUAUUGAUUCUUGAAGGGACAUUGGGGUUUUCCUCAUAUCCAGUGUUGUUGAGAUUACAGGUAACAUUAAAAGAAGCAGUGUUGUUUUCGUCAACGUCAUCGUCAAAGAAAACAACACUGCAGAAUAUAUGUUUAACGUUUGACUUACGAAAUGCUCAGGAAUUUUGCAACUCUGUUCGUCGUCCACCACUAACGUUUUCUCGUCAACGUAAACGCACAUUCGUCUCGUCACAUUUUAGUCUUUUAAGAAUUAUGUUUAGCUUGUCAACGUCACGUCUUUGUGGUGGAAAAAAAUAUUAUCUUUUAUAUUUUUGUCAAUGAAAACAACACUGAAAAGAAGAAAAAUAAAAAAGCACAUACAGCCAACCAAAAGAAACAUUUAACUCAAUAUAAACUGUCACUUUUUAAAACCACAAUCCCACUCUAACAAGUGAAAAGAAGGAGGCAGCCUAACAAUAAAGGCCUUGAAACUCUGUAAAUACACCUACAAUUGUGUUCAAGCGGGAACUCCCAGUUAUGAUAAGUUAUAAGGCAGUGUCUUAACGUUAACCUCUCUGAUAGAGACCUUUUCAUUGUGUUCAUGCUCUGUCAAUAUUUUCCAUUCUUUCAAACUCCAGAUUGGUUGACGUCGGUGUAUAAAAACCAGUGGUUUGCCAUGCUCCGCACAGAAUUUGAUAACGACAACGGGUGAGAAUCUGAGCCUGAAAAUUUGUCAGCAGUUUUAUUUUAAAUGUCCUUUACAAUACUUGCAGCAUAAUCACCAAGGUAAUUGUAAUACUGACAAAAGCGUUUUUUUCUUUCUGUAGUCCUCAGGAAGCUAACAAAGAGGAGUUUGAGCUGAGCAGCAUGAGGUGUGGGAGAAAACUGACAAAAGAUGGAGAUGUGAGUAGGACAGUCCUGCUGCUUUAUGCACUUAAGCAUCCAUACGUUGUUUUUAAUCAAAGCUUUUUUAUUUAAUAUACAUGUGUGUUUCAAUCUUCAGUACUGCUGGAGGUGGACAGGCUUUAACUUUGGAUUUGAUCUGCUGGUGACCUACACAAACCGUUUUAUAGUCUUCAAAAGAAACACCCUGAGUCAGCCAUGUGGGGGCGCUGUGAGCCUACAGCCUCGGAGGCAUCUGGCAUACAGGUAUACAGGGCAGUGGGUCUUUGUUUAGAUAGGACAGAACUAUCGCUCCAAAAUAACAGUUAGAAUGUGAACAACACAGAAAAAGCAUGAUGUGUAACUGAAUAUAUGGUGAUUGAGGGCUAAACACACAAUGAACCAGGGCCGGAAAUAUAAUAGCAGCAGCAGUUUGAUCAUGUACUACUGCUUAUCAGUUAAAACAGUAGGCAGUGUUUAAAAAAUAAAGGCAUUAAAAAAAUAAAAGACAAAAAUAAAAGAUUAAAUUGUAGAUUGAGAGAUGCAUUUACUUUCCUCUUACUGAGCCUGGCCUUAUGUUUCACCUCCAGUUUCCUCAUGUUGAGCUUGGCUGGCCAUCUGCUGCUAAUAGCCUCAUACAGUAUCAUACAGGAAUACUUAUUUUAUCUCUCAGCAAGUAAACAACUAAACUUUUUCCCUUAAGUGUUGAUAAAAGAUUUGUUCUUUUGCAUGAAAGGCUGUUUUGAAGCUUUAAUUUUAAAUGUGUGUUCACUUUUUCACUUAUUUCUUUCAUAUAGGUUACGUCUCGCCUCCUUUGACAGCCGUGGGAAGCUGGUGUGCAGCCGCUCAACAGGCUACCAGCUUCUCACCCUUGAGAAAGAUCAGGUCACUAAGCACCAUAAGACCUUUCAUGUCAUAUUUUUGCCAUUUCUUACCCACACAUACACCGCCCACAUCUGCUGCUUCACUUGUGUGAAAUCAAGGAUUUUGUUCAAUCAAACCAGCACUGCUGUUACUAGGUAUGAUCUCCUUUUUCUAGAAUCGCUUAGUAAUCCUCCUGUCUCUCUUUGAUCACCCAGGAGUAUGUGGUGAUGAACUUGGACAGCCGGCUAUUAUCAUUCCCUCUCUACGUGUGCUGUAACUUCCUGUACACGUCGCCUCAGUCGGACCAACGCCCAGAUUCCUCAGAACAAGAAACCAGUGCUCGCAGUGUGUCCUGAUGUCCGGCAGCUGUUUCCCGCAGCUAUUCUUCUGGUAAAGCUGAAGCACUGAUACAAAGAGAGCUCAUGUGUACAAUCCACUGCCACAUUCAACAUCACUGUGAUGUCGCUCAUUUCAUCCGCAUGUAAGUGUAAUCCAGUGAGGUGUCAGGGGAAAUUGUUUCGUGUCGGUGUACAGUGUUUAUGUACAGUGUUUUCAGUAACACACAUGAUUGCGGCUAAGAGGGAUCAGGCCAAUUUUACCUCCAGAGAAGCUUAACACCUUGGACCUCUGCCAGGAACUGUCAGCAGUGAGAUGUAGGACCACUUCUUAAGAUGAAAAAGUCUCAAGAGAUGAUGGAAUUCAGAACUUUAAUUAAUGGCUUUGUGAUUUAAAGAACAACAUUUUCAUUCAGACUUGGCCGUAACCACUUGGGACGUGUAUGACUAUGUAUUGUCACCUUGGUAUGUGGGAACAUCAUAUGGGAACAACAGGAGAAUGGACACAGAUCUCCAGUGAUGGCAGCUGUCAGAAACUCCACCAGCAUGGUGCCAUUUGAAGUAGCUAGACUUCUCUAGUCGACAAAUGUACCUGCAUAUGUUCCAACUUUUCUGGACAGCUCACACAUUGAACACCAGGAAUACCACACCCCACCAUCAGGGAUUUUUAAACACAUAUCCCACACAGUCUAAUUCAAAUAGAAAAAAGUGCUGUGCUGUUUUCUCCACGACUUUAAGUUGUGCGACUCUAAGCUGAAUGAGAUUUGACAUCACACCUGCUGCAUCAAGUUCCACACUCACUAGAGAAAAAGAAAACUGACAAAUGUGAUAAAAGCAGGAUGUCUUUUUUACCGCUCUUAGAUCCCAGCAGGUUCACAUUACACCAGAACAACACCCCCUCCUCCCAGUGUCGAGUAUCCGUUAGACUCUGUAUAUAACAUAAAGUAAAUUCAAUAUAUAAACCUUAAAGUAUGAUUAAAAUGUUGCUUUAUGUGAUACAAUAGGUCACAACCUCAAAAUAAACUUGCAUCCAGAGGUCAUGAUCAACAGUCAACCUGAAAAACCUUUAUCUAUGAGACAUAAAGCCUGAGUCUGUUUUGUGUGACACAGUUUGAAAGCCAGACAUCGUGUCAUCAACACCAGCCAUUUUUAGUACAUUUGCAGUUAUCAUUUUGUCAUCUUCACUUUUCUACUGUUGUUCAGGUUACUUUUGGAAAUUUGUUACCUCAUGUUUAAAAACCAGGACAGGCUGGUAUGACUCUCCUGUAUAGCUGCAAUUGUUACUAUCAUUAAGUUGUUCUUUUUUUUUUUUUGGCAUUUAUUUAUUUUUUACUUCAUUUGUACUUGUAUCAAUUCACUUUUUGAAAAAUAAAACAUGUACAUCGUAUUCAACAGCCAAUAAAAGCGCCCCUUCAUGUGGGCUGUGGUGCUAUCACAUCUCUUUUCUCCGA